AUGAGUCUUAUGAAUCGUUCUUUAACUGGAGUUCCACUUAUCUUUUCUCGCUCACUAGCAAAUAGUUCUACUUUUAAUGUUAAACCAUUCAAACUUCAUAAACUUGAUAAAGGACCAAAUACUGAAUCAGAAUUGACAAGAGAUGAUGGUUUAAAGUAUUAUAAAGAGAUGCAAACAAUUAGACGUCUUGAAACUGCUGCUGGUAAUUUAUACAAAGAAAAAAAAAUCAGAGGAUUUUGUCAUCUUUAUACUGGCCAAGAAGCAUGUGCUGUUGGUAUGAAAUCAGUUCUUGAUCCUGAUGAUGCUGUUAUUACAGCUUACCGUUGUCAUGGAUGGGUUCAUUUAAUGGGAGCUUCUGUUGCUAGUGUAUUAUCUGAAUUAACAGGUAAUGUCAAUGGAAAUGUUUAUGGAAAAGGUGGUUCUAUGCAUAUGUAUGAAAAAAAUUUCUAUGGUGGUAAUGGAAUUGUUGGAGCUCAACAAGCUUUAGGUACUGGAAUUGCCUUUGCUAUGAAAUAUAACAAUAAACCAAAUAUAUGUUUAACUCUUUAUGGAGAUGGUGCUGCUAAUCAAGGGCAACUUUUUGAAUCUACUAAUAUGGCUGCAUUAAUGAAUCUUCCAGUUGUUUAUAUUUGCGAAAAUAAUGGAUAUGGUAUGGGAACAUCUGUACAACGUUCCUCUGCUUCCACAGAUUAUUAUACAAGAGGAGAUUAUAUACCAGGAAUCUAUGUUGAUGGUAUGGAUAUUCUUGCAGUCCGUGAAGCUAUUAAAUUUUGUAAAGAAUAUUGUGCUGCUGGUAAUGGACCAUUAAUGCUUGAAAUGGCUACUUAUAGAUAUACUGGUCAUUCAAUGUCUGAUCCCGGUACAAGUUAUAGAACUCGUGAUGAAAUUCAAAAUGUUAGAAAAACAAGAGAUGCUAUUACAGGGUUUAAAGACCGUUUAAUAACUUCAGAUCUCGCAACAGAAGAAGAUUUAAAGGCCAUUGAUAAAGAAGUUAGACAAUUGGUAGAUGAAGCUGUAAAAGUAGCUACAAAUGGGCAAAUAAUUCCACAAGAAGCUUUGUAUACUGAUGUAUAUUACAAUACUCCAAAUGUUUAUAUUCGUGGAACAACUUUGGAAUCUUCAAAAGUCCAGGAAUUCAAGACAACUGACGAACUUUUAACUUCUAAAGGAAUACCAACAAUAAAAUUUGGUGAAGCAAGAUAA